CCAACGAACUCUACAGGAAGACCAUUUAGCAUUACCACAUGAUGAUUAAGUUUGACGGGAAAAUGUCUGAAAUUUCUUGUGUUAUUUAUCACAAUGUGGCUAAAGAUGAAAUACAGGGAUUGGACAGAGAGAGAGUGGAGUUGAUGGUGGAGUUCUUUAAGACUGCAGAUGACUUCAGGACACAGACAGACUCCAAUACAAACAAACAACAAGAACUUCAGUGUACCGGAAGUGAUAGUGUGAAGAACAGAAGUCACAGAUCAGUUCUAGUGUGUUUGGUGGUGCUGUGUGUUCUUCUAUUGACUGCAGUCAUAGUGCUGUGUGUCCUGUGUUACAAGUCUCAGAUCAAGACCAAAAACCUCACCAAAGAGAGAGACGAAUCUAUAGCCAAGUACAAUAAAACUAUCGAACAAAAUCAACAGUUGAAUCAGGAGAAAAAUGAACUGCUAAAACAUCUUCAUGAAUCCAGUGAAUCCAGUUUUCACUUCAUUUCAUCUGAAAGGAAGAGCUGGACUGAGAGCAGAAGAUUCUGUAGAGAGAGAGGAGCAGAUCUGAUCAUCAUUAACAACAAAGAGGAACAAGAUUUUGUUAGCACAAUGACUGGUACAGAAAACAUCUGGAUUGGUCUGUCUGACAUUGAUGUGGAGGGCACAUGGAAAUGGGUUGAUGGCAGCACACUGACCUUAAGCUUCUGGAAGUCUAAACAGCCCGAUAACAGAAUAGUGGAGAAUUGUGCUGUAAAUCAUUUAUCAGUGUGGUCUGAUUAUAUGUGUCAUGUACCAUUUAGAUUUGUUUGUGAGAAAAAGUAGUAAUAUCCCACCAAUGCAAGUGUAUGUGAUAAUGAAAGAGGAGAAGAGGUCUUUCUAACCUAAACACAGAGACGUCUUUUAAAGUUCAUGUAGCAUUUUUUUCUAACACUAAAACUUCCUGUCUUUUGAGGUCACUUUGAGAAAAAUGUAAAAGUGUAUCAUUUCACGACACGUAGCACAUAUUAUUACAGCAUCAUAGCUUGUGUGUCUACGUUGGUUUGUGUUUAACUUUUUCCAGCUCUGCGCAGACGGACCACUGUAUUAAAAAAAAGCAUACAGCUUUUGAAAGCAUUUUAACAGCAUACAUUUCAUAGGCAUUCAAUAGUCACAGCUGUCAUUGUACUUUGAUGUCAUAUGCCGAACGAUCUUGGAUCAAA